AAGAGAUAAUGCUUGACAUUACCAGAGCACCGCUGACUAGGAAGACAUAUUGCUGGAACGUUGUAUUUGCAGUGAUGAACUUACCCUAAAGGCCAUCAGAAGUGAGUCUGCAAGGGAAGGGCACCUGCAGGCUCCAGCUUUUAUGACUGGCACCCUAGGAAGAGGCAGGAUCCUGCUACAGCUGUGAGGAAGCUCAUGGUGCUGAUGAUUUAGCCAGUCAUGUCCAAAUGGGAACCUUCUGUUGAAGUCCAGGGCAUGGCAUUGCAGGGAAAAGUUUAUUCGGUGCCAGAAAUCCCUUUGACAGUCAUUGAAAAUGAAUCAGUGUAGAAAGUGGGGCAAUAAGAAGCCAUGAGGAGGCAAUUAGCAAAAACUAACAUAUCUGCUCUCUGCUUUUCAGAUCGAAAUGCUAGAACACAAAUACGGCGGCCACCUGGUGUCUCGCAGGGCAGCUUGUACCAUCCAGACUGCGUUCCGGCAGUACCAGCUCAGCAAGAACUUUGAGAAGAUCCGCAACUCCCUGCUGGAGAGCCGCAUGCCGCGCCGCAUCUCCCUGAGGAAAGUCCGCGUCCAGAACUCGGAGAGCUUUUCCGCGGAGAAAGCCCUGGUGGAGGGGUACAACUUCGUGGGCAUCCCCCUGGUGAGGUCCCCGUCCUUGCCAGCCACUAUCAGUGGGGCACUAACUGAGCUGGAGGACUCCUUCACUGAACAAGUUCAGUCCCUGGCGAAAUCCAUCGAUGAUGCCCUCAGCACCUGGAGCCUGAAGACCAUGUGCUCCCUGCAAGAUGGGGGCUCCUACCAGAUCAGGGAGACCUUCAGCGCUAGCUCCAUGCAGCCAAACCAAGACUUAGAGGCUGAGCUACAGGAUCAGGAGAAGGAGGAAGGUCUCCUGCCAGAUACUCUACCCAAGAGCAGCAGCACUCUCAUGAUGGCUUUUCGAGAUGUCACAGUUCAGAUCGACAACAAGAACAUCUCUGUCUCUUCAUCUACCUCGGUGUCCAUGGCAAACUGUCUCAGCAGCAACGACCAGGCUGGGCUCUCUCCAGCUACCAAGGCUGAAGAAAGCCCAGGAGAAGGGGAGGGAGAAGCCAGUGAACUACUGUCUGCCCCAGAGAGCUUACCUGAGAACAGCCUCACUUCCACCGAGGUGGAUGUCAGUACCAAUGGCACAGGGGACAGCAGUGCUGAGCCGGAUCAGAUGGCGGUGCAGAAGCUCCAGUUUGAUGCAAGCAAUGAGGCAGGACAAAGCAAAGGCUUGGAGUCUGAGAAUGCAGACAACUCAGAGCAGCUGAGCAGCAGCAGCACCUCCACCUCAGCCAAGUCAGCCUCUGAGGUGUCCUCAAAAGAAGCCCUGCAGGCCAUGAUCCUCAGUCUCCCGAGGUACCACUGCGAGAACCCAGCCAGCUGCAAGUCCCCCACACUUUCCACAGACACCAUGAGGAAACGCCUUUACCGCAUUGGACUGAACCUCUUUAACAUAAACCCAGACAAAGGGAUCCAGUUCCUGAUCUCCCGAGGCUUCAUCCCAGACACCCCCAUUGGGGUGGCACACUUCCUGCUGCAGCGGAAGGGCCUCAGCCGCCAGAUGAUUGGGGAAUUCCUGGGCAACAGCAAGAAGCAGUUCAACAGGGAUGUUCUGGACUGUGUGGUGGACGAGAUGGACUUCUCAGGCAUGGAGCUGGACGAAGCCCUGCGGAAAUUCCAGGCGCACAUCCGCGUGCAGGGGGAGGCGCAGAAGGUGGAGCGGCUCAUCGAGGCCUUCAGCCAGAGGUACUGCAUGUGUAACCCAGAUGUGGUCCAGCAGUUCCACAACCCGGACACCAUCUUCAUCUUGGCCUUUGCAAUCAUCCUCCUCAACACAGACAUGUACAGCCCCAACAUCAAGCCUGACAGGAAGAUGAUGCUGGAGGACUUCAUUCGCAAUCUGAGAGGGGUGGACGACGGUGCUGACAUCCCUCGGGAGCUGGUGGUGGGGAUCUAUGAGAGGAUCCAGCAGAAAGAGCUAAAAUCUAAUGAGGACCAUGUAACUUAUGUCACCAAAGUGGAAAAGUCCAUAGUUGGAAUGAAAACGGUCCUGUCGGUGCCCCACCGCCGGCUGGUGUGCUGCAGCCGCCUCUUCGAGGUGACUGAUGUCAACAAAGUGCAGAAGCAGGCAGCUCACCAAAGGGAAGUCUUCCUCUUCAAUGACCUGCUGGUGAUCCUCAAGCUUUGCCCGAAGAAGAAAAGCUCCUCAACAUACACAUUCUGCAAGUCAGUCGGCCUGCUAGGGAUGCAGUUCCAUCUCUUUGAGAAUGAGUAUUACCCCCAUGGCAUUACACUGGUAACUCCAGUUUCAGGCUCAGAGAAAAAACAGGUACUACACUUCUGUGCUCUGGGUGCUGAGGAAAUGCAGAAGUUUGUGGAAGACCUGAAAGAGUCAAUAGCAGAAGUGACAGAACUGGAACAGAUACGAAUUGAAUGGGAACUGGAGAAACAGCAAGGGACAAAGACUCUCUCCUUAAGGACCAACGGAGCCCAGAUGGAACUGCAGUCUAAGCAAGGCUCUCCAACAGGCAAGAAGGAUUUGGGGGAGAAGGUCUCGGACAGCACAGUGGAGGUUUUAAUCAAUGCCUCCCCAGCCAGACUGACAAUUUUACCAAUUUCCAGAGAUACAAUUAAAAGUUACUGCUAGGACGGGUAAUACAACUUUCAAAUCCAAACUAAACUUCAAAGCAUUUUCAAUCCGUUUCUAUAACUGUAACAUCCUUCAUGGACCAAGCUCCCAAACGCUGUAGACUAACCCACCCCACUGCUUCUGGGGAGACUGAAAACCCCACUAAGGACUUCCCUGACAUGCUAACUCCAUGCAGCAUCACAUGCAAAUUCCCCACAGCCCAGCUUUCCUGCACUAUCUCUGCAGCUCUGUCUCUCCGACCCCCUGAAGGGGAUUAAGCAUGGCCUUUGAACACCAGACUUUCCUUAGAGCUUCACCUUCCUAGGCAGGGAGCUUGGCUGUCCUGUGUACAUCUAUCUUUGCAGGAAUGUCUAGCAUCCAGUGGGUUGCCUGUUUCUUCACAUAUACCCAUACUCUCACUGCCAGUGAGGAAACAGGAAAAUGCAAUCUUCACACUGAAAAUCUUAUCAACUACUUCCUACUCUCUCUGUCUGAAAUAUCUCUGUUGUGCUGAACCUUCCCUUUUGCAGGGUAGGUCUUUCCCCUCUUGUCAACAUAUAUUCGCUUAAAGAAUUCAGCUUCUCUGUGGGGAGAAGGUGCUGCUUCUUUUCCCUGGAGAGCCCCCUGUUUCUCUGCAGACACCCCCUUCCUGGGAAAGGUGCCUCUACCAGCCAGUUUCCUAUUCCUGUUGGGAGAAGUGUCUCCCUGUGUAGAACAGCUUCCAUGUAUCCUAAUGUCAUUGGCACUUCAUGGCCCAGCAACCAGUUUUUCCUGUGGAAUGUUCCAACACCUGAAUAAAUAUUGACACAAUAUUAUGUCCUGCUGUGUGGUGAGUCUGAGCAACCUCCAUGUCUGGAUAGGGACAGACAGCUCAUCCUUGUUCCAGCAUGGGGGGAGCUUGGGCACCUCUUCUUCACAGCUUCUCCUUCCCAGUUGCUGGUGCAGCUGCUGACUCUGCCAGACCCUCAUGGCAACGCCACUGACCUACCUGUACCCCUGCCUGGCUGGAAGUGCAGCCUACCUAGGGCUUGUUUCCUUCCUAGGACUUGACUGACAUUCUGUUUUAAGCCAGCAACUUCGCUUUGGUUUGGGGUCUCCAUCAGCCCAUGUCCUUGCCAGGAGGAACUCUAACCUCAUCCAUCAUUUGGGAAGCAUUAUUUCCCUGCUGCACUUCUCCUGCUAGGGACCUCCUGUCCAGGCCAGCUUGUCUUUUUCAGUCUGGUCUCAGCGAGCUCCCUUAUUUGAUUCCAUUAUCAGCAUCUCCAUGUGGAAACCCUGAUGACCUCCUGCUUCCCUACCUGCUUUCAGCUGACCAAGUAUUACUCUGCCAGCAGAGGAGCAUUUCCAUUUCUCUGAGAUUAUCUAAUCUGCUGCCAUUUCAUCAUGAAUUUCUUUUAUCAUUGUAUGAGCUAGAUGGGCAUAUUUGUUUCUUUUUUUUUUUUAAUCAUUUCCUUUCACUGACAAACCAUCAAAUGGAGCAGAGGGAGCUGCCUUUUGCUAGACUAUGUCAGGUUUCUGCAUUUUCCUUUGUAAACAGAUUAGCCAGUCAUGUGGUGUACCUUCCUACUUAGAAAGGCAAGGAGCUGGGAAAGGCUUGAGUUUCUCUGUCUCUCUCUAUCUCAGAUUCAGCUGCUGUCAUUGCUGAAAUGUACAGCCUCGAUUAUCUGAAACCUUGUGGUCUGGUCCCCCUCUCCUUUUCGCUGGCGGGGGCAAAGUCAUGGCCUCGAGGUCUGUUCAUUUCCAUGAGAAUUCACGGACACUUCCACUCUCGGAAUCGAUUGGUGUUCCCUGUGCUGUUUGGAUAAUCAAAGCUCACUGCAUUUGGGAACGCGGCUCUGCUGCCUUUGACCCGAUGGAAAGGACAGGGACACUUAGGCUGGAUGGGGACAAUGGGGCUGUUGAGGGGGACUGUGCAGCCAGGGUUGUACCUCCUCUGGUUUUCUGAGGGAGGGAGGGUUGAAUGCAUGUGAGGUCGUCCGGUGGCGGGGGUUCAGGGCAGCCAGUAGCAGCGGAUGGGAAAAGUCUUGUAACAUUUAAUGCUUCUUUGGCUGUUUCUAAACUAGGUGUCAAUUCACAACAGGCUUCAAACGUACCAGCACAACUCCGCCCUGGGGCCCGAGAGUGGAAUGCAGCCCAGCAUGCGUCUUAACAUGCCACGGGAGCAGCUGGAGA